UGCAGCUGCUGUUGACCUGACGAGCCGCUGGAGCUGCGGGAGGAAUCUGACUUUCACACCUCUCUCUCUCCUCUCUCCUCCGCGUUCAUCCCUCCCUCCCUCUCUCCCUCUCUCUCUCUCUCCCCGCCUUUGUUUCCAUCGUCUCUCUCUCUCUCUCUUCCUCUCCGUCUCCGUCUCCGUCGCGAACCCCGGGCCUGCCGUAGCCGCCGCCCCGGCCUCCCGCGCCUCCCGCCGGCGGAGCUAGAGCCGCCCCGCUGCAGCCGCGCCGCAGCCGCCCCGCGGAGACACGCCGGUGGAGCCGCAGCCGCCCCGCUGAGACACGCCGGUGGAGCCGCCCCGGAGCCGCUGGUCGCCACUGGUCGCCGGGCAGACAUGCAGUGAAGCCCCGGGGAGGAAUGCCGGCCCCGGCCUGAAGCACCACCCCCCCCCCGGAGGGAAGGACGGACAUGUCCGGCAGGAUGCCGCUGACCCCGGUCAGCGAGGCCGAGCAGCCGAAGUCUUCGGACGGCCUCCCGGAGCCGCCGCCGCCCCCGAUCAAGUCUUCCAGCCGUCACAGCCUGCUGCCGAGUCGCAGCUCCGUGGCCACCGUCACGGACGAACAGCCGCACGUGGGAAACUACCGGCUGCUCAAGACCAUCGGCAAGGGCAACUUCGCCAAAGUCAAGCUGGCCAGACACAUCCUGACGAGCCGUGAGGUCGCCAUCAAGAUCAUUGAUAAAACCCAGCUGAACCCCACCAGCCUGCAGAAGCUGUUCCGGGAAGUCAGUGUGAUGAAGAUACUAAACCACCCAAACAUCGUAAAGCUGUACGAGGUGAUAGAAACGGAGAAGACUCUGUACCUGGUGAUGGAGUACGCCAGCGGAGGGGAAGUCUUCGACUACCUGGUGGCUCACGGACGCAUGAAGGAGAAGGAGGCCCGGGCCAAGUUCCGCCAGAUCGUGUCUGCGGUGGAGUACUGUCACCAGAAGAGGAUCGUCCACAGGGACCUCAAGGCAGAGAACCUGCUGCUGGAUGCAGACAUGAACAUCAAGAUUGCAGACUUCGGCUUCAGUAAUGAGUUCACUCUGGGCAGUAAGCUGGACACGUUCUGCGGCUCUCCCCCGUACGCUGCCCCGGAGCUCUUCCAGGGGAAGAAGUACGACGGGCCGGAGGUGGACGUGUGGAGUCUGGGGGUGAUCCUGUACACGCUGGUCAGUGGAUCACUGCCCUUCGACGGACAGAACCUCAAGGAACUGAGGGAGCGCGUCCUCCGAGGAAAAUACCGGAUUCCCUUCUACAUGUCGACCGACUGUGAGAACCUGCUGAAGAAGCUGCUGGUGCUGAACCCGGGGAAACGGGGCAGCUUGCAGCAAAUCAUGAAGGAGCGCUGGAUGAACGCCGGCUACGAGGAGACGCUGCUGAAGCCGUACCUGGAGCCGGAGCAGGACCUCAGUGACCUCCGCCGCAUCGAUCUCAUGGAGACGAUGGGGUUUGCUAAGGACGACGUAAGGAAGGCUUUGGACACUCAGAAAUACAACGAGGCGACUGCAACGUACCUGCUGCUGGGGAAGAAGUCUUCAGAGUUCGAGGCCUCCAGCGAGUCUUUCUCCAGCGGGAACCUGGUUCCCAGGUCGCGCCCCGUGAGCGACAUCAACGGCUCCAGUCAGUCCCCGGCACAUUCUCGCACUGCGGCCACUUCCCAGAAGCAGCGGCGCUUCAGUGACCACGUGGCGCCCUCUAUCCCCCCGCCCGUCUCCUACACCAAGCGUUGCCAUGCCAACAGCGUGGACAGCGAAAAGAAGGAGGAGCCGGCGUCUCCCAUGGGGAUGCAGGACCGCAGGAAGUCGGCCACGUCCUCCGGGAGCAUGACCCGGAGGAACACGUACGUGUCUGAGAGGAGCGGCGCUGAGCGCCACUCUGCCGUUCCCAACGGGAAGGAAAACAGUCUACCUGAAGUCAGCGCUGCAUCCCCCUCUCCGUCGCCGGGGGCAACCGUCUCCUCCACUCGUCCCCGUCACGUCAAGUCCAUGUCGGCCUCAGGACAUCCCAUGAAGUCCUGCCUCCCCCCCAUCGAUGACAACGCAGAGUACCAGAGCACCAGCAGCCAGGCGCCGUCGUCACCGUCAGCCUUCAGCGUCACCAGCAGCAGCGGCACGCCGGACCGGGCCCGCUUCCCCCGGGGCUCCUCCACCCGCUCCACCUUCCACGGCGCCCAGCUGCGGGACCGGCUGCCGGCCACCUACAACGGCCCGCCGGCCUCGCCCAGCCUGGGCCAGCACACGGCCCAGCGGGGCAACUCCACCUCCCUCAUCGGCAAGUUCACCUCCAAGUUCGUGCGCAGGAGCUUCUCGGGCGAGCCCAGAGAGGACGGCCGUGAGUCCAAGCCUCGGUCUCUGCGCUUCACCUGGAGCAUGAAGACCACGUCCUCCAUGGAGCCCGGGGACAUGAUGAAGGAGCUGCGCCGCGUCCUGGACGCCCACAACUGUGACUACGAGCAGCGCGAGCGCUACCUGCUGUUCUGCGUGCACGGAGACGCCCGCCAGGACACGCUGGUGCAGUGGGAGAUCGAGGUGUGCAAACUGCCCCGCCUGUCGCUCAACGGCGUGCGCUUCAAACGGAUCUCCGGCACGUCCAUAGCCUUCAAAAACAUUGCUUCCAAAGUAGCCAACGAGCUGAGGCUCUGAAGAGAGUCCUGUCCUCCCCCGACACCACCACGGGAGCGUUCUGUUCUCCUCCCGGCAGGUCGGAGCGUGCGGCGCUGCAGAGGCCCGCCGGUGCAGCUGGUGCAGAGAGGCUGCACCAACACAAACCUCCUACUAUACCCAUCACAUGAUUAUUUAAUGUCCUCACUAAAUGUUGAUGCAACUGAAACCAAAUAUUAUCUUAGCGGAGCUGGAGACGCUGCAGGCCGCGGUCGGUCCGGGCAGCGCGGCGGAGGAGACGAGGGCUGUUCCGUUGACCAGCGUCUGUUACCGUGGUUACAGUGUAGGUUAGUUACUGUUUGGGAAACCUCUUUGUUCACGUUGAAAUGUUGAAAACUGCGUUUUCCUGUUGAAUGGGAACCUGGUAACUGUGAAAGGGAUUAAAGCUGAUUGAAGACACUGGGACUGCUGGUUUGUUGGUGGUGGAGUCGUUGGCCCGGCCGUCUGCACGUCACCCGGAUCUCUGCAGUUAUUAGUGCAUGUUGUCCCGUCUGCUCCCCGACUCCGGCCGACUCCCAACCCUGACCCGCUUUCCUGAACGCUAGUGAAACACGACGGCCUCAAGUUCCUCCGUUUAUCUGUCCCGGUCUGCUCAUUUCAUACUGACGGAGCGUCUGGAUUCCUGAAGAAAUCUAACUUAUCAGGCUGAAUGUGCAGCACGGCAGCUCCAGAGAGCGGCUCCAGCAGCUCCAGCAGCUCCAGAGAGCUGCAGCUUCAUCAGUGACAUUCAGUUUCUAGUUUAUUGAAAUUCAGUUCCAAACUAAUAAAUUCAAUUUCAAAUUAUGCUAUUCAGAUUCAGUUUUUUAAUGCAAUGAUUCAAGUUGAGCAAUUCAAAUUCAAAAUAUUAAUUAUUCAAAUUCAGUUUCUAGUGGCACAUAUUUCUGCCCAUAGACAGCGAGGUACCGAACAACCGUCACAGUUGAGUUUUAGAGGCGUGAAGAAGCUGCCAGAGCGAUCCGGCUUCUAACCCGUGCAACCAGGAAUCAUCCCUGGCCCCUGAACAGACCAACAUGACCAGAGAUCUGACGCCUGCAGCAGUAACUCUAAUAAUAAUGAAUAUAACCACACAAACAUGAGCUCUCCUGCUCCCGUCUCUUCGCUCCUUUAAUCAAACCUAAACUUUGUUCUGACCCCCUGAUAAAUGUGUGUUUACUCCAGACUCCAGACGUGUCCCGGUUUAACCGUACCAGAUAAAUCUGCAGGAUCACGAGUGUUGCAGGGAUGAAGGUGGCUUAAAUGAAAUGCAUUUUAAAACAAAGUGCUUCUCUUAAAGGGACAACCAGUGAAUGAAAGGGAUUAUAACUAUGAUAGCCCCCCCAACAGAUCUGCUAAAUGACCCCCGUUAAAGCUUAAACUUGUUCAUCCUGCCUGGUUUCCGGCUCUGGCCGCCGGCUGCACAGAUUCCUGCAGAGCUAAUCCUCACCGGAGACGCCGUAUAAACCAGGUCCAGGUUAACAAGUACACUGGCAACCAUGAUAACCACUCUGGGCCCCUGAGCAAGGCACUCAACCCUCACUGCUCCCCGGGCCACUGCAGCCACUGCUCCUGGUGGAGGAGGGACUAAUAAAAUAAAUACUAUUAUUAUUACACUAAAGAUUUACCAAAGAGUAUUAGGGCCAGGCAGGAGAAAAAAUAUUUGAGAGGGGAAGAUUUUUUUUAUUGUGCACUUUGAGAAAAAAGUCGAAAUGUCGAAAUAUUUGCCCUUUUUCUCAACAUUUCAACUUUAUUCAUGAAAUUUGGACUUCAAAAUUAUUCUUGACAUUUCAACUUUUUUCUCGACAUUUCAACUUUUCUUUUUUCAUUGUGCACUUUGAGAAAAAAGUCGAAAUGUCGAGAAAAAAAGUCGAAAUGUCGAGAUUAAUGUUGAAGUACAAUUUCGAGAAAAAAGAUUCAGAAUACAAGAAUUGGCUUUACGAUAUUGAUUUGAAACACAUAUCACACAUAUGCAGUUGCAUAACUUCAGAAACGUCCCCUUAACGUUCCACUCCAAGGAUGUAAGUUAGUUAGUUAGUUAGUUAGUUAGUUAGUAGUUAGUUACGGCCUGUCAGUCGCUCUGCUAACUGGAUUUGAUGGACCAGAGGAGACAUUUCCACUUUAUUCACCAAAUUGUAUUUCAACUUUAUUCUCAAAAUUUCGACCUUAUUCACGAAAUUUCGACUUUUUUGUGCACGGUAAAAAAAAAAUCUUCCCCCUCUCAAAUUUGUUUUCCUCCUGUCUGGCCCUAAUACUCUUCCGUAAAAGAUUAGUCCAGAUUUCCAUUCAAUCUGUUUCUAAUGCACUCCGUCAACACUUUGUUUCCGCACUGUUGAAAUCUGUAUUUUAAAGUCAUUUGUAACCGAAGCAACUACAUCGUAUUUAGGUCGUCACCUGACAGAACCUGGAGACGAAGCCCAUUUACCUGAACCAUGAAGAAAACGGACUCUUGAAUGGUUUAUUCAACUAACGUAUCCGUUGGUUUGCUACGUCUGUCUGUCCAUCCGUCUCUGGACUCUAGGGAGUUUAGGGAGUUCUGUACGCAGGCCAAACCCCCCGAUGGCAGAGACAGAUCCCUGAAGCCUGAGGGCUACGCCGGUGUUUUCUAACGUAUCUAUGCAGUUCAUUACUCCAUCAUCUCAGCGCUGUUUCAGAAAGGAGCACGUCUCGUGGGUUUUUUGUCCAAAUAUGCUGAAAAAAUGCUGAAAACAGAAAUCAGCAGGAUCUUUGGUUGAACUUUAGACUUUUUAUGUUGCAGGUGGAAAUCUCCCAAACACAACCAGGUAGUUUAGUGGGUUUAAUGUUUGGUACAUGCUGUUUUAUACUCAUGUUCCCCUUCAGUCAGGUUGUACCUUUAUUUAGUUGUUUUUUAAAUCAACAAAUCCACAUGCAGAUCCAAACCUCCAGCUUGUCGUCUCUGUGUCUCCUCGUCUCAAACACAUGACAGAAAUGUGGCAUUGCUACUACUAUAAAUGGACCGUGAACCGUCCUAAAACCCAAGGUGCUUGUAACUUCGUACCGACCAGACCGGCUGUUUGAUUCUGCCCCGUCAGACGGACGGACGGCGGACAGACGCUGCUCUCUGAGUUCUCCUGACUUGAAUGUUUGAUCGCAUCUUUAAAAAGCCUGACAGCGGUUUGAAUCUGCUCCUGGAGACUGAAAGUGAGGAGCGUCCUGCUCAGGCUGCAUGGCUGCACUUCCGACGCUGAUGUCAACUAUACAAACUGAACAACAAAUGAUGUUUGUUUUGUAUUAUUCUUUUUUCUUUUCCUUGUUUUCUCUCGACUCCUCUGGCUGAGCAUCAGUCCUGCAGCUCGGAGCGUGCAGGGGUUUCCUGGCAUCACUUGUACCGUAUGUACCAGGGAGCAGUACUAUUGCCAUAAAGAGCACAUUCAUCUUAUUUGUGACCAGGUUUUCUAGUUUUCACCUUCAGAUAUUUAGCUUUUUACCCUCAAACGCAGGGAGACCCCAAAAACGCUCUCCCUGCGGUCAGAUUGGCUGUUGUUGGUACGAACAUCCUGGUCUUUCUGCAGCACAGUCACGACACUCAGAUCAUUGGAUUUGGUUUUCAAAUGUCCCCGACCGUUACGGCCUAACUGGGUUUAGCAGAUCGGACGUACUUUCAUUUUCAUUCAUUUCAAGCACUGCAAAAACUCAAAAUCUUAACAAGAAUAUUUGUCUUAUGUCUAGUUAAAAUGUCUCAUUUUUAGUCAAGUUUUAAAACAAGACUCAUCACUGGAAAAAACAACAAUUUUCACCUGUUUCAAGUAAAUAAGUAGAAAAAUCUGCCAGUGGAACAAGAUUUUUUUGCUUGUAAUAAGAAGAUAAAUCUUGUUCCACUGGCAGAUUUUUCUACUUAUUUCAAGUGAAAAUUUACUUGAAACAGGAGAAAAUUGUCAAAUAAGUUAUUUUUCUGGUAAUGUCUCUUGUUUUAAGUGUAAUGAGAUUUUUUGACUAAAAAUGAGACAAAUAUUCCUGGUAAGAUUUAGAGUUUUUGCAGUGAGUCACUUGGGUUUUAUUGUCGUCAUCGUUCCUUACAGCCAGAGUUCACCCCCACUUUAAUUCAUCCAGGUGGAGAAGUGUGAGCUGAAGAAUUGGCUCUGCGUUUUCCCGAUGUUGUGUUCAGAUAUGUAGCUGUGACGACGUCCAGAAAGACCUUAAAUGAUCCUGAACAGAAGUGAAGUGGCUGAAGAAAAUGAAUGAAUGAAAAUGUGCAGUUGCUUUUUCCACUAAGUUUAUUUACUAUGGAUUAACCUCCAUAAUCAUAAAAGUAAACGUAUGUAUUUUACAGGCACACUAGUUUAUCUGAGUGUACUGGGGGAUAUUUGCACGCAAGCAGAAUCUUUCUUUUCUUUUCAAGAAAUUCCGAAUCUGAAGGUGAAAACGAGGAAGUUUGCUCCCGACUGACUAAAUAUAGUGAUGUAACCCUGAAUGUAUGCUGUAGCACUUAACAUGAGAAUAAAAUGAAGUGAAGGGGGAACACACUCAAACUGUAUGUCCUAAUGUGAUAGAAAUGAGCGUGGCCACGUUGUGCAGAGUGAAAGUAACAGUGUCUUAACGUCGUGUGGGGGAACGGUGGAUCUGAGCCUCUAACUUGUCCUUUUCCUCAGUUCCUAGAUGGAAACUUGUCUGGAUGACGGACUCAUAUGAAUCCUCAGCAGCAGGAAAGUAGCAGCAAUGUAAUCAGUAUAGGCUCGCUUUGAAUAAAAGAGGAAAACAAAUCUGAA